GCUCCCAUCCAUCACAUAGACACACCUGUGCAAGAAGCAGAGGGGAAGAGAGACCCAGGCCCAGAGGACCUGCCCUUUCUUCGGGGGAAGGCUCAGACCCCUGCCUGCCUCAGCAAAACCGCAAUGGGCCCCAGAACCUCUCUUAGGCACCUGUGCCUGGUGCUGCAACUGGCGAUGCUCCCAGCUGGCACUCAGGGGAAAGAACUGGUGCUGGGUGAGGCAGGAGGCAUCGCAGAGCUGCCCUGCCAAGCUUCGCAGCUGAAGAGCACAGCUUUCAACUGGAAAAACUCUCAACAGACCAAGAUUCUGGGGGCUCAUGGCUCCUUCUGGCACAAAGCCAGUACCUCCAGCAUGAGCCAUCGAGUUGAAUCAAAAAAAAACCAGUGGAGCAAAGGAUCAUUUCCUCUGGUCAUCAAGGAUCUUGAAGUAGCUGACUCCGGGACUUACAUCUGUGAAGUGGGGGACAAGAAGAUGGAGGUGGAAUUGCAGGUGUUCAGAUUGAAUGCCAGCUCAGACACCCGCAUGCUGCUGGGACAGAGCCUGACCCUGACCUUGGAGAGCCCCUCCAAUAGUGACGCUUCAGUGCAAUGGAAAAGUCCAGGGAAUGAAAGGAAGAAUGAAGCCAAGAACCUGUUCCUGUCCCAGGUGGGGUUGCAGGACAGUGGCACCUGGACAUGCACCAUCUCCCAGGGCCAGCAGACACUGGUGCUCAACAAACACAUCCGGGUGUUGGCUUUCCAGGAGGUCUCCAGCACAGUCUAUGCGAAGGAGGGGGAGCAGGCGGAGUUUUCCUUCCCACUCACCUUUGAGGAUGAAAAUCUGAGAGGGGAGCUGAGUUGGCUGCCUGUGAAGGGGGCUUCCUCCCCCCAGUCCUGGAUCACCUUCACCUUGCAGAGCACGAAGGUGACUGUGGAAAAGGCUCACAAGGACCUCAAGCUCCACCUGAGGGAGAAGCUUCCGCUCCGCCUCACUCUGCCUCGGGCUUUGCCUCAGCACGCUGGUUCCGGAAACCUGACCCUGAGUCUCACCAAGGGGAAGUUGCAUCAGGAAGUAAACCUCGUGGUGAUGAGAGUGACUAAGUCCCAAAACAAUUUGACCUGUGAGGUGCUGGGACCCACCUCUCCCAAGCUGACGCUGAGCUUGAAGAUGGAGAACCAGAGUAUGAGGGUCUCAAAUCAGCAGAAGCUGGUGAUGGUGCAGAACCCUGAGGGAGGGGUGUGGCAGUGUCUACUGAGAGACAAGGGCAAAGUCCUACUGGAAUCCAAGGUUGAAGUGUUGUCCCCAGUGCUCGCCCAGGCCUGGCCGAAGCUUCUGGCCAUGGUGCUGGGGGGGAUCUCAGGCCUUCUGCUUCUCGCUGGGUUCUGCAUCCUCUCUGUUAAAUGCUGGCACCGCAGGCGCCAGGCAGAGCGGAUGUCUCAGAUCAAGAGACUCCUCAGCGAGAAGAAGACCUGCCAGUGCCCCCACCGGCUCCGGAAGACCUGUGAUCUCACUUGA